AUGAGUCAAGGGGCAGAGGAUCCGAAUCCCAGGAGCUCCAAGAGAUUAAAACUGAACGAGCAGAAGAAAACUCGCCAUGAAUAUAGAGGAGGCCUUUCUGUAAUUCGAUUCCUCUAUCAUUCAUCCAUACUUAUCGUACCGCAUAGACCUCUUUCUGAAGGUGCCAAGAACAGGGUUAUAACUAUCUUGCAGGGGAUAAAAAUCAGAAACACACACGGAAAAAGAGAUAAAAAGUUAACUUUUCAUGGUCUCACAUCAGACAUGACUCAAGAAUUCCAUGUGUUCGGCGAAGAUGGAGAUGAACAGUUUGAGUUGGAAUACGAGGAACUGCCUUAUCUGGACUUGGGUAUGAGCCCAGAUGGUAAGCCCAUUUAUCUUCCCAUCGAAUGGUGUGUAAUUUACAGCAAGGAUAACAAAAGUAAUCAAAGACUCCGAAGUCUUGUUUCCCAUGAAACUCCGCGUGACUUGAAUUAUCCUGAAAAUACGAAUCUUGUUUCUGAAACUCCACGGGAGCAACCUGAGCUGAAUUAUAAGGAGUUGCUUGAAAAAAAAUGGCAACUCGUAUUACUUGGUGGAAAUGCUCCGCCAGAAACUUUUGCCAAGUUCUGGCAGUCUAUAGAAAUUAAAUGCGGAAACUCCAGUAAUGAAAACAUUAUACAUAUUAGUAAUACCAAAGAGCUGAAAGAAACAUUGAAGACUGUAAUGGAAGGCACACAGAUUCUCCUGUGCGUGAUGGAGAAGCAGGACAAGCCAUUUGAGAGGGCUCUGAAGCGAGAGGCUCAUUUGGAGAAAGGAAUUCUAACGCAAUUGUGUAAACUCGAAGAUGUCGAGCAUUACUGCGAUCUGUAUCGCAAACAUAAUAAUUAUGACGAUUUAGAUGAAUUGGCAGAAUCAUGGUAUGUGACAAAUUUAGCGCAGGAGAUGAUUGCAAAAACAGGGGCAUACAAAGAUAAAGCUCUUCUUCCUCACAGUGCAUGUCCCCCCCGAUUUAAGUGGAGGAAGCCCAAUUGUGUCGUAAUGUAUUUCGGAUGUAAAGUAAUCAACUACUCUUUUACUCAUCUAACUGUUAUGGUUGCAAAUAUCAGUAAAUCAGAUCAUUCUACUUCCGAUUAUGUGUCCAGAGUUGCCCUCGGCGAUCAUAUGCAAAACCUUCAGGAGCUUUUUGGUGAGCUACUUAAAAUAUACAAUGAGAAUAAACACACAGAUUUGCCUGAUAGGAUCAUUUUCUUCAGAGAAGGGUUUGUUGCAAACGGAAUUGAAGAGAUGCUGCGAAAAGAAGUCGAUACUCUGAAAGAGAAACUUGAUUCUCUCAGAGAAAAUGUCUAUUCUCUCAGAGAAGAACCCGAUUCUCCGAAACCUGCUGUAACAGUAUAUUCACCCAUCACUUUCAUUGUUCGUGACAGAAAGAGUGACGCUCACUCUGUGAAUGCAGGUGAUGGGAAAGCAAAUUACAGCAUUUUCUCAGAUGAGAAUGCAAUUUGUUGCUCUGAUUUUGAGACGUUAAUCAGGAACCUUUCGUAUUCGAAGAGAUACCCAAAGCCCCUUCCGGUAUAUUACGCAAAUCGUGCGGCCCGUUUGGCAAAGGUGUAUUUGGAAGGAGAGAUGAAUCCCGAUCAGAAUAAAAUGGAUAAAAUUGCGAAGACCAUUGACAGGUCCCUGUAUGUCCGUGGAGAGUGUCAGGAUGCGGAGCAGCAAGAUCGAGCGGCAGAGCAGGAAGAGGCUCAACAGAUGGAUGAAUAA